AUGCGACCCUUCCUUCGUACUUCAGGUACGGUCUUUUCACCUACUUUUGUACCCAAGGUACUGCCACAUCACAUCGGUGUAGCAGAAAAAUUAUCUUUAGUUGUCAUUAGCUGCCCGCAUCAGCGGCUCGUUUUCCUGUCCACCGUGCACAACGAUGAUCGAUUGAUGGGUUUCUGUUGCUCGCAGCUUCUAGUGAAGCCGCAGCAAGCUGGAUCUUCUUAUCCUCCUGUCGCCCUCGGUGAUGCCGAAUGCCAACCACAAAAGCCCAUUAAGCAAAUUUGCUUAGCACAUCGAAAUGGGUAG